AUGGGGAGUAAUGAGGGCACAGCAGCCAUGGAUCAGAAAGCACAGCUGACCGACCAGGAGCACCGAGCUAAAAACGACCACCACUUUAGAACCGAGCACUACAGAUUUAGAUCCGAGAACUACUCGAGAGCUGAACAGUCGACGAGCGGCAAGGCCCAAAUCGCAUCGACCUUCCACUGGCGCGUCGCGCUUCCCGCGCUCGUCGCGGCGACGAUUCUCGCACUCUUAUUGGCCGAUCCGCUGCGCCUGAGCCCCGUGGCGCACCUCCCGUUCGACCCGGUCGUCAUCGACAUCGCGCCGCCACCACCGCGCUCCGUCAAGGACCCUCUUAAUCGGCUCGCUGAUGCCGAGAUCAUGUUCGAGGGCGAAGCGUUCGGUCCCGAGAGUAUUGCAUGGGACCUGGACGGCAGGGGGCCGUACGCGGGCGUGGGCGACGGACGAGUCGUGCGCCGCACGGCCGACGGCCGCGCGUGGGAGACGUUUGCGUGGGCAUCGCCGCUUCGGACGCCCGAUCUCUGUGACACGCACGCCCCUCGGCGCUUCAGCAGCAGCUCUGCCACGUCGCAGGAGCUCGGACCAAUGGAAAGGAGGCACGCGGCGGCAGCAGCAGCGACGCUGCCAGCCUCGGAGAGAGUGGCGACCGCGUUCGGCGUGUUUCCCAGCGACGUUUCUCUCGUGCAGCCUCACAUCCGAACCACCGUUCAAGGCUCGGUGCCAGGCUCGGUGCUAGGCUCGGUGCCAGGCUCGUUGGAAGGUCCUGCUGGGAACCACUCUUCCCCAGACGUACCUUCAGAAGAGACUCAAAACACCGCCGCCUCUCCUGCCGCACAGGCUGCCAAUGUAGAGUCAUCACAACAGAACCAACUGUCCCAGCAAAUCCAGCAAUCUCAGCAAUCCCAUCAGGCCCAAAAUUCCCAUCAGGCUCAGAAAUCCCAGCAGGAGCAGCAGGUGCAGCAAUCCCAGCAAGCCCUCCCAAACCCCUCUAUGGAGCCGGAGGAGGGUAAAUCACCUAUCGUAUAUGGCGUCAACAUGACCCUGGUCCCCAAUCUCACCACGGAGCACAUAUGCGGGCGGCCGCUGGGGCUGCGGUUCCACCCGGUGACGGGGGAGCUGUUCUUCGCGGAUGCGUACUUUGGCGUGUUCAAGGUUGGGCGGCAGGGCGGGCUGGCGCAGCCUGUCGUGACGCGCGUGGACGGCCGCCCGCUGCUGUUCGCCAACGACCUUGAUAUUGCCGCCAGCGACGAGAAUGGCACCCUCUAUUUCACCGACACCAGCACUCGCUUCCACCGCCGGAGGCUGGUUCCAGUAGACCUGCUUCUUGCCAUCCCAUUCCAUUUCCAUCCCUCUCACUCUCCUGCCUCCAACUCAUUCUGUCUCCCCCACUCACCACCACAGGGUCUAGCGAUAGUGGAGGGCAGGGAGACGGGCGGCUGGUGCAGGUGGACCUACCUCUCUCCCCCCCAUUCCAUCCCUCUCCUUCCCCUGCCUCCAUCUCUCGCUGUCCUCACCUGCCAUAGGGACUACUACGUGGCGAUAGUGGAGGGGCGGGCGGACGGGCGGCUGCUGCAGGUGGACCUGACCACGGGCCGGGCGGCAGUGCUGGUGGUUGGGCUUGCAUUUGCCAACGGCGUCGCUCUCUCAAGAGACAAGUCGUUCCUCGUAUUCUGCGAAACCACCACUCUGAGGUAA